AUGGGUUCAGAUGGUGCUCCUGUUCCUCUUCGACGUGUCGUUACCACCCACAAAGGCAACGAAUCGGCAAUUCUAUCGGAUAUAUAUCUCAGUCCUAGUGAUGGCUUCGCUGCCAAAGCCGCAACUAUCUGGAUGACCAAUCAAUACCCGGCGGAGUUGAUGAUCAGUGAUCCGAGUGUUGACACUCGAAGCAAGCAGAUGUAUAGUAGGGGUUCGCUGAUUCGCGUAGUGGAUUUCCCACCCAAGUCGAUCGGACAUAACCACCGCACACAGUCGCUUGACUAUGCCAUCAUAUUGGAUGGUGAAAUGGACAUGCUCCUCGAUGACGGAUCAAAAACUAGGGUUCAGGCUGGCGAUGUCAUCGUGCAACAGGCAACUAUGCAUCAGUGGAAUAACCCAACCGACAGAACCUCACGUGUUAUUUUCGUCUUGCUUCCCUCGGAGCCUUUCAUUGUAGGAGAGCCACUGGGGGAUGAGGGAAUUCCGGAAGCCUACAGAGUGAAAGACUAG